ACAAGUGUUUUUAUUUUGUCAUAAUACAUUUAUUGUAUAUUUUAUAAAAAAAUAUAAUUGUUAUUAUAAUGGAGAAAUCAUCAGAUGUAUUUGCAUGGACUCGUAAAUUGGGAUGUCCGCCAGCAAUAUGCAAUAAUUCAGUUAAAAAGGCUUUAUACACAGGACUUGCUGCUUUUGUUUGGGAUGAGUUAUCUGAAGUUAUCUAUCCUGCUGAUGAAGCAAAGACGAUACAUAAAAAUAUUCUUCUACAUCAUUUAAAACAUGGAACACCUGAUAAGAUUAUUGAAUGUAUAAAAAAAAUAUCUCAGAUAAAAUCUGAUAGAAAGAAUUUACAAAAUCAAAUAACUAAAUUAGAAGAGGAGUAUGAACAACUGGAUUUUAAAGUUAGACAAAAAGCUAAAAAGUUGCAAGAUAUUAGAUCCAAACGUGCAGAAGCAAGAGCAAAAAAAGAUCUAUUUAAGUUAAAGCAUGAUCAAACUGCUACGCAGCUUCGUGAUUGUAAUGAUAUGAAAUUAGUUUGCCAACAUUUAAUGCCAAGUACUGGUAAAGAUUUAGAUCCUAAAGUACUGAUGGAAGUUUUUGAUGUAGUAACAAGUCUUUGGGCUGGAGCAGGCAAAAAAGAAGUGUGGAAUACAGUGUCAAGUAAUCUUGAUCAUAUUGAAGUGCCAACAUUGUGGCAUCACUUGUAUGAAAAUUUGACACAAGAUGUGGAUUUGUUAAUUCAGUAUACAUCUACAAAACCUAUAGAUACAAAUAAAAAAGAUAUAAAUAUUGGUAUUGCUAAAAUACAUGGACAGCAUAUUUCUAUGGUUUCAAAACAAUUACUAUAUAAUGCUGAAGCAAAAGAACAUCAGCAAAAUGUUUUAGAAUUUAUAGAAAAGUUUGAGAUGGCUUCAAAUAGUUCUGAGGACAUUAGUGAAUGGUUAGCAUUAGCAUUGGAAGUCUGUAAAUUAGAAAGUGAAGAAAAAACUUUACAUGAAGAAAUUAACAAAAUUCGCGGAAGUCUAUGUAGAAGUGAUAUACUUAAAGCUGAGAUAUCUGAAAUUACUUCGGAAAUACAAAAUGUUAAUGAAGAAAGAAUGGAAUGUGUGCAAGAAAUACAACAAUCGUUAAGUCUUUUGAAAUCUGCACCGACAUUUCUUAUGAAUGUAAAUAAAAAAAUAAACUUAGAAUUAGAAAAAAUAGUAGCAAUACGGAAUAACGAUUAUGAUCUUUCAGUGUUAGAUAAUGAUUUAACUACUGAAUUAGAUAUAUUUCAUGAAGGCUUCGAUCUAAAUGCAUUAAGAAAAGUUAUGUUGAAAGGAGAUGUUGGGAUUUAUAGAUAUACAAAAAGUUGCUUAAGUGAAGCUUCUAUUUCAGUUACCACUCCUCAACUUUCAAAUAUUAUGACUCAUUUUCCAACACUUCAAAUUCCAAUUUAUACAUUACUAGAUUGUUAUAAGAAUUUAGUUUCAAUGUUAAUAUAUGGAAGAUUUGAGAACUUAGAAAUUGAGGAGGAACCAGAGCCAUUACAGUUACCAACAUUAAUAAAUAGGGAAAAUAAUUACAAUACAGUUGAAUUAUUGAACUUAUCAAAAGUAUAUAACACAAAAACAAAAGCAGAAAUUGAGGAGUUCAAUGAGAUAAUGAAUGCCUGGAGAAAUCAAACAGUUGAAAAAGUAAUGGAAAUUGUUGACAAAACAGUAGAUGAUGCAACUUUUUCUCAGUGGAUAAAACGUUAUGAUUUAGUAUUAUACAUGUUACAAUGUCCUACAUAAUGUACUAUAUCAUUUCCAUUUUGUAUAUUAAAAAUUUGUAUAUCAAAUUUAUAAUUUUUUAAUAAAUUAAAGUUUAGUACAAA